CCCUGACACAGUCUGUGUAUCACUUCGGGGAGUAGAGACCGAAAUGACGUUACAGCUGUGUCAUGCGUGUAGCACUGUGUCGGUGUCAGAGCUGAUAGAUCCAUCAGGCAGGCAACUUGCAUCGGAACAGCAUGUUAACUCUUGGAGGCCGAAUGCAGCGACUAGCGAUGAUGAAGACAAUUAUGUUUUGCCUUGCUACCGUGGUAGUAGGAGUGAUUUGUUUGCGUUUAAUGGCCUCAUCAUUUCACAACAGGGUGAGACACAACUACAGCUCAGUACGGUCUGAUAAAUGGAUAGUUGUGACAUCCAUCUCCUACCCAACACCGGACAUCAAGUUCCUGGCAGAGAUUCCUGGAUGGAAGGUCGUUAUUGUCGGGGACACCAAGACUCCAAGGGACUGGAGGUACCCAAACUGUGUAUAUUUAAGUAUAGAAGAUCAGCGUCAACUGGAUUUUGACACAGUGUCUCUUCUUCCGGAGAAGAGUUACGCCAGAAAGACAGUGGGAUAUCUGUUUGCAAUAGCCCAUGGUGCAAAAAUCAUUUAUGAAACUGAUGACGACAACCAUCCACUCCAUUCUCUGAAACACUUUGUUCUGGAUCCAACAAUGUGGGGACUCUUAUAUAAAGGGGAGAAGCUCUUCAACCCUUACCGCCAUUUUGGACAGCCAACACUGUGGCCAAGAGGGUACCCACUUGUUUCUGUGGGAGAAAAUAUUACAAUGAAAUAUCAGCUGAAUCACUGGAAAACCCCGUCUAUUCAGCAGGGUGUGGUCAAUGGCGAUCCGGAUAUGGAUGCCAUUUUCAGACUGACCCGAAAACAAACUCAUUCUCAGCUAAAUGUGACCUUUGAUGACCGAGCUCCACCAGCAAUUGUUCCAGCUGGGGUGUUCUCACCCUUUAAUUCCCAGAAUACCCUUUUCCUGUAUGAUGCAUUAUGGGCACUACUGAUUCCAACUACAACAACGUUCCGAGUGUGUGACAUCUGGAGAGGCUACUGGGCUCAGAGACUCCUGUGGGAGAUGGGAGGAAACUUAGGAUUCUUCCCACCAAACGCUUUCCAGAAGAGGAACUCCCACUCCUAUAUGAAAGAUGCUGUGGAUGAGAAGGACCUAUAUUUCCAGACAGAUCGCCUCGUUGAUUUCCUGUCCAAAUGGAGAUGUGGAGCAGAUAAGACAUUUUUUGCAUGUAUGGCUAAACUAUCAACCGACAUGGAGCAUGAGCAAUUUUGGCAGGAACGGGAUGUACGUCUGACUUCUCUCUGGAUCAAGGAUUUAAAUACUCUAGGUUACAAGGAACCAGAAAGAAUUCCAUUUGGUUUGCUUAAGGACAGUGCACAGGUCACGAAUGAUUUGAAAUUGCCUAAUCAAACUUAUUUGACUGACCAACAGGUCAAUGUCACAUUCUGGGCACCUGAACAGACACCACCCAGGAUAUUUUCCAAAGAUAAGGAAUCACCUGCGUUUGUGUCACACAUUAGUCAAAUAGUUUCAUAUUGCAGUAAUCAUUCAUUAAGCACAUACAAACUGAAAGACUUUAAGAUACCCAUUUCAUAUCCUAAUCUUCUUUUAAUCGUUGUCUUUAACUGGCCCCACUAUGAGAACCUCGCAUUUCUUGAGAUGAUGUAUAGCUUGCAUUUCCCGCAUACUGUCUACUGUGGAACCAAUAAAGAUCAAUUUGACGCACAUGCUAAACUCCUACACAAACCUUUGUCCUUCAUAGAGCUUGAUAUUGGUGAUGGGUGGUUUGGUCAUAACUGUUUGAUACAAGCAAUGAAAAUGCAGUUUAGAGUUGAUGGGUAUCUUUUCAUUAGCGAUGACGUGUUGCUAAAUAUGUGGAACAUUCAUCUUUCUCCUCUUAACAAACUCUGGGUUUACCCCUCGAGGGUUGUACAACAGUCUAAACCAAUAACAUGGGAUCGUCUUCAAAAUCCCAAGGUUGGUUUGAAAACUUACAAGGCCGCCCUUGAAGCUUUAAAAUUUGUAGAUGCACACAGAUAUACUUUUUUCACAGAAAUGCUUUCGAACAAUUCCGGAUUGGAAGAUGGUUUCUUUAUUGGUGCAUCAGACAUCGCCUACGUUCCUGAACAAUACAAGGAUGACUUUUUGUAUUACAUGGAACAUUUUUCAAAAUUCAAUCUAUAUUUUGAGAUUAUAUUUCCGACUGUCUUUCGUGGAAUAGAAAAGUUGAAGAAUGUUUAUGAGAUUCCUGGAACAUAUUUUCAGCACGGAGAUAUUAACGGAACACAAAAGUAUUUUGAAACAAGGCACCUUUUUCUUCAUACUGUUAAACUAUCCAAAUUAAUCUAUAGGCCUGAAGGAAGGAAAUUCUUCUGUGAAACAUUCUUCCCUCUAACACUGUAUGACUGAUGAAGAAAGGGAACCACAAGUUAUUUUAGAUAAUUAAUUCAACAUUCAAUAAAAGACCAUUGGGGCAUCAUGUAUAUACUCUUAUAACAUUAGAGUAUCCUGUGUGCGUCUUAUGAACAAAUUAUAUAGGAUAGGCUCAGUUAUCUGUCAGUCAUAAAACGCCUAGGGAGUGCUCUGUGAUGCAACUGGAAUACUGCCCAAAGCUGCGUUAAACCCAACUCAUUUAACUGCAGAGUGGUUCAUUGUAUGCACAUCGCCGAUGGCACAUUGCUGACAUUUCCUAUUGCAUAUUGCAGGAUUCACUAAUUGUUUCGAAGUCGAGAUUUCCAGUGCGGUAUGCAUUUGCUCCAACAACAGACUACAACUAUUGAAACACAUCACACUCUCAAUACAAUUGCUACCUGGCUCUGUGUGACCCAAAAGCCAUCCUUGAUUCAAGUAAUCAAAUGGUAGUUGUUUACAAGACAAAGGUUUUUUUCCGUAAGAUAUUUGACUUGUGUCCAAUUGCUAUAAAUUGCACAUUUAAUGUAUUGAUCACAAGUGUUUUAGGUAAGAUAUUAAACUUGUGUCCAAAAUGCUAUAAAUUGUACAUUUGAUGUAUUGACACAAGGGUCUUACUUAACUUGUGUCGGAUUGCUAUAAUGUGUACAUUUGAUGUAUUGAUCACAAGUGUUUGAGGUAAAAUAUUUAACUUGUGACCGAUUUUUGUAAUUUGUACCUUUGAUGUAUUGCCACAAAGGGUUUAUAAAAGAUAUUUGA